AUGAAUGGACUCAAUCGUGGCACUAAGGACGGUUAUGAGCAAGAAAUAUCGUCGAGCGACUCCUCCGACUUCAUCACAGAUGAUGAAAGGUCGCCCACUUCUCAACCGCACCCGGCACAGGAAACCGCUGGCACCAGAUCACAAAUUUCCACGGGCAACCAAAACGUUUUCCAGCAAUAUCUCGACGAGCCUCCACGAUGCUAUGAGAUUGAAGCGGAAGGGGCUAAUACGUGGGAGAUUUCUGGAAUCACAGAGCUCAAAGACGAGAAAUACGCUGGCCCAAGAUUCAAAGUUGGAGAGGACUUUGAAUUCAACCUUCUGCUCAUGCCGCCAACCAGAAAGAACACUUCCGCCUACUCUGUGUAUCUGGAAGCGCAUCCCUUGAAGGCCAAGGAGGGCGAGAAUUGGCAUUGCUGUGUCCAGUUUGCCAUUGAUGCCUGGCUUCCUUCAGAACCUUCAGUUCACAAAGUUAAUAACUCAUUUUAUCGCUUCAACCCCAGGAUCACAGACUGGGGUUUUGUUGGUCUUCUAAACAACAGACAGGCAUCAGACGUGAAGAUGUUGAAGGCAAGCAGCCUCAAUAUCACAGCGUAUGUCAGAGUCAUCAAAGAUCAUACCGGAGUCUUGUGGCACGACUUUCUCGAUUAUGAUUCCAAGAAAGAGACCGGCUAUGUGGGAAUUACAAACCAGGGUGCAACCUGUUAUUUGAAUUCUUUACUGCAGUCUUACUUUUUCACUAAAGUGUUUAGGAAGAAGGUCUACCAAAUCCCAACGCAAGACGAGAUCAGUUUCGGAUACAACUCUUUCCAGCAAUACCUUGAACAGCCCAAGAGUGUGUCAUUGUCGCUUCAGAGAAUAUUUUACAGUCUACAGACAUCAGAUAAGCCUAUUGACACGCUCGAGCUCACUCAUUCUUUUGGUUGGAAUAGCGCGGACGCUUUUACUCAGCAUGAUGUCCAGGAAUUGAACCGUAUUCUGAUGGAUAGACUGGAGUCCAAGAUGAAGAAUACCGAAAUUGAAGGGUGCUUGAAUGAUAUUUUCGUGGGCAAAAUGAAAAGUUUCAUCCGCUGCAUCAACGUUGAUUACGAAAGUAGUCGUAUUGAAGAUUUCUGGGACAUACAGCUGAAUGUGAAGAAUCUGAAAAACAUAAGAGAGUCAUUUGAGAAUUACAUUGAGCUGGAGCUUCUUAAUGGAGACAAUAAAUACGAUGCCUCCGGAUAUGGUUUACAGGAUGCUGAGAAAGGUGUUGUGUUCGAAAGCUUCCCACCGGUGUUGCAUCUACAGCUCAAGCGUUUUGAGUAUGAUUUUGAGUACGAUCAGCUGGUCAAGAUAAAUGACAAGUACGAGUUUUUUGACUCAAUCGAUCUCAAACCUUACUUGGACAAAGACGCACCAAACUAUGACGAAGACUGGGAAUACAAAUUGCAAGGAGUUUUGGUGCAUCAGGGUGAUGUUUCUGUGGGUCAUUACUAUGCAAUGAUUAAGCCAACACCUAAAGAUGAGUGGUUUAGAUUCGAGGAUGAUAAGGUGUGGAGAGUGACUCCAUACGAAGUCUUCGAAGGUAAUUUUGGUGCAGAUAGCCUGACUAUCGACCCUAGAAAACUUACCAGAGAGCAACAGCAGGAGUAUCACCUCAAGAGGCACACUUCAGCCUAUAUGCUUGUCUACAUUCGCAAGACAAAGUUUGAAGAAGUUUUAAGUGAGGUUACAGAUGCUGACGUUCCGUCUCACAUUUCCAAGCAAAUCAAAUACGAGCAGGAGGAGUACGAGAGGCUACGCAAAGAGCAAGAAGAAAUGCACCUUUACGCAAACAUUAAGGUGUACACGAAUAAAGGCUUUUUGAAAUAUCAAGGCUUUGACCUUGGUCCAAACGAAGAAGAUAGACUCAAUUUCUCACCAGACCUGUUUGAGCCUGAAUCUUUUUCUUUGAAAUUCCGUGUGCUAAAGUCAGAGCCUUUCUCAAAAGUUUACGAUCUGGUGGCCCAAAAGCUUGGCUACAAUGUGGAAAAAACCAAGCAGUUCAGGUUUUGGAGCAUUGUAAACCGCCAUAACUUUGCAUAUCGUCCAUACAUGCCAAUUCCGCGCCAUUUCGAUGAUCCUAAAAACAAAGACAUCACUGUGAACCAGGUUGUCAAAUACAAUGAAUCUCUAAUGUCGAAGAGAAGAAGAACAGCGCAGAGUUCACAGCUGAUUUUAUUUUUGGAGGAGUCGUCAAGAGAACUGAAAUUCGUUUCAAAUGGUAUAUUUGAGCUUAACAAUAAACAGAAGAUUCCUGCCUCAUUCUUCAGCUUGGAACCUUUUGAUGUUAAAUUCGAAAAAGCGGUGGAACUAGUCAGCUCAGAAUUUAGUCUCCCCAAAUUUGAGUCCGUGUCUGAUGCUUCAGACAAGAUCAUGUUGUUUAUCAAAUAUUUCGACCAAGACAAGCAAUCUGUUAAAGGAAUUACCCAUACAAUUGUUCCAGCGGAAAACCAAGUUGAAUACCUAACGGAGCUUUUGAACAAUUUGAUGGGAUUUGAUAUUUCGACCCCACUAAGAUUUUAUGAGGAAUUCGGACCUAACCAGAUUCAAUGGCUCAAUCCUUCGAAGAGCUUUUACAAGUCUGAGCUGGGAAAUGGUGAUAUCAUUUGUUUCACCAAGGCUGACUCGGAAGUGAAUCCAAACCCUGAUCGGGAGCUGAAGACUGUUGAGGACAUCUACGACUUUAUGGCAAAUAGAUGUCAUUUCAAGAUUUCUCCACUAGUCAAGGUUGACGAGGAUGAAGAAGAGUACGUCAAGAUUGCAGAAGACGUUGACCCUAUUGAUACGAAAUCUAGAUCAGACUCCUCGAAGUCGUCUUUAAAUAAGGACUUUGAGCUGUGGUUUUCGACUAUGUCGAACUACCAGGCUCUGGCAGAGAAGAUUGGUGCUCACAUCAGAGUUGAUCCUGACUAUUUGAGACUGUUCAUCUUGGGUCACUCCAAUCAGCGCAUUCCGUUGAAGAGAGAUACAGUUUUUAGAAGGCUUAUCGACAAGAUUCCAAAAUCCCAAACGCUAGAGAUCCAGUACGAAGUUCUGAAUGUUACUCUUGCAGAGUUUGAAGAGAUGAAACUUUGUCACGUUUCAUGGGUUGGCCAAGGUAUUUGCCGGGAGCAAAAACAUGAGUUUUUCCUUCCGAGAUCAAGCACUAUAGAUGACCUAAUUGAUAGGUUGCAAACGAAGGUUAACAUCAAGCCUCAGGAGCGUCAAAACAUUGUUUGUUGGGCACCUGACCGCCACGUUCGUUUAAGUGUCUACCCGACAGAAACAACAAUUGACUCAUUCGAUCAUUUAGUGAUUGGAAACUUCCCUAACUUCAAGCAAGUGUUGGAGCAUGGUUCCAAAACUUCGAAACUAGUGACAGGCUUUCAGUUUUUCGGUAAGGUCACUAGCCCUCACGGCCUUCCAUUCAUUUUUGAUUUGAUCAAAGACGAGCCUUUAUCGAAAACAAAGUCGAGGUUGCACAAGCUACUUGGAUUGAGCGACAAAGAGUUCAACAGUGUUAGGUUCGGAAUUACGGACUUCAAAGAUGUGGAGUAUUUGGAUUCUGAGGACACGGAUUCCAUAGUUCUCUUUGACGUUUUAAAUUCUGCAGACAUUCAGAUUUGUGUUGACCACCCCGAUCGCUCUGUCCGAAAAGGGUCCGUGUUCGAGCCAUCUAUUUUUAUUAGGGAAUAA